AUGAACAGUGCAAGAGAUAAACUAGUUGUAGUUGACUUCUCAGCCAUAUGGUGUGGGCCUUGCAAAAUGAUCAAGCUUUCCCUCUUUGAGAAGUAUUCCAACGAUGUUGCUUCAGAAUGUGAAGUCAAAUGCACCCCAUCCUUCCAGUUUUUUAAAAAGGGACAAAAGGUGGGUGAAUUUUCUGGUGCUAAUAAGGGAAAACUUUAA